AUGCCACGCGCAUAUUUCGAGCUACAAACGCUCACCCAGCAUGUUUGCCUUUCCGUCGCGCCCGCGUGGAGACCGUCUUCGGCCUUGGACGAAUGGGUGCAGCGUGAAGCCAGACCCAUAAGUCUGCGCCAGUUGACUUUCUUUGGAAGAACUUUGACAGAGUCUCGUCUCAUCGACUCGGCUAACUACUGCCGUCUGGAGCUUCCCACGAGACUUGCGCACCGAUUGCGUGAUAUUCAGACCCUACCAUACGUUGUCGUCGCGAACCCUCAUCUAGCUCAUGUAUACGAGUCGUAUCUACGCGCUUUCGAACGCUUCCGCCGCGUACCUGAGAUAAAAUCGCUGGAAGAUAACGAGAAGUACUGCAAGGUGCUGGAAGAGACGUUGACCGAGCAUGCCACUGUCAUACCCCGCCUCGCCAUUGGUGUUCUCGAAGUUCGGGGCCUGAUGAAGGCUGAGGAGACGGACAAGUUCAUGACCACCAUGUUGCGAUCGCGCAUCUCGCGACGCGUCAUUGCGGAACAACAUCUAGCACUGACCGAGACUUUCGAUUCGCCAUGGCAUUUCCCGCAGGCCGAAGUUCAUCCCCACGACCAAGAGGCAGUCGGCGAGAUAUUUUUGCGUUGCAAUGCGAAGGAGAUAGUCGAGAAUUGCGGCAAGACGAUGCAGGAGCUCAUCAGGACCGCUCAGGGCCCACAUGUCGAAAUUCCUGAGAUCAAGGUCUACGGUCACCUUGACGCGACGUUCCCGUACAUCCUGAGUCAUCUCGAGUAUAUUAUUGGCGAGCUCUUACGCAACUCUAUCCAAGCUGUCAUCGAGGAGCGUAAGUCGAAAGACGCCAAGCUGCCGCCUAUUGAGGUAUUGAUCUGCGAAACCUCGCAGCACGUUAUUAUCCGAAUUUCUGAUCAAGGUGGUGGCAUCCCGAACGAAGUCUUGCCAUACCUGUGGAGCUUCAGCAAGGGUCCUAGGCGUGAGAAAAGGCUGCGAAAUCUGGCGAGGGUACCAAAACUACUGGGAACAUUGCAGGAGCUGCAGGUGCCUGGAGGUGAAUCUGCAGCACAGGUGCAACAACGUCUAGAUAGGAGGUCCAAGCACGGCGAUUCGGGGCUGUAUCACGGCUCGCUGUCUUCCUUGACCAGCCGCGCACCAGACCUGCGUCUUGGUAUUGGACUUCCUAUGUCGCGACUAUAUGCUGAAUACUGGGCUGGCAGUCUCGAAAUCCACAGCCUGGAAGGCUAUGGCGUCGAUGCUUUCCUUCAAAUCUCGAAGCUUGGCAACAAAAAUGAACGACUCACUACACGAGCCUCAAUGGACGCCAUUUAG